AUAACGCAAUUUUAUGAAAAUGUAUGAUAAGUAGUUAGGACAGUGUUGCGUGGUCGACGAUGGCUGAUUUUGGAUACUGCUUCGGAACCUUUAGGUUUUGGUGUUAAUUCAAUACCUCGCGAGUACCUAAUCCUGACCUUGUUUGUAUUAAUAGUUCUAUGGGUUGCGGAACCUCGAAGCCUCCAGUUGUAAGCACUGCACAUCAAACACGAGCACCUUUGCCCUCCAAACCUCACGACGGUAAACCGGGGCAGCAUCGAAGCAUCCAACAGGAUAGUCGCAAACCGGAGAAUCCGCGCAUCGAACAGAACGAAACUGAAAACCAGCACGAGUAUAUCGACAGUAGUGAAUUUCACCCACUCUCCUACGAAGAAGUCGCAGCUUUACGUCCAAGCGAUCCUGAAAAUAUGUGGGCGAUUGUGAAGAAGACAUGUGACAGAAACAGGGAAUGGAGGCUGGACUCUGUAAAGAAUCGACGAGGUUGGAAAACGAUAAGACUCUUUGUAUCUUCAACUUUCCGUGAUUUUCACGCCGAGAGGGAAGCUCUUGUGAAAGAGGUUUUCCCAGACCUGCGUCUUUGGUGUGAACAAAGAAAACUUCACCUUGUGGAGUGUGACUUAAGAUGGGGAGUUCCUAAAGAUAGCUCAACUGAACAGACUAUCAAGAUCUGUCUUGGCGAGCUUGAUCGUUGCUAUGAAGAUAACAUUGUGCCAUAUUUUCUUAAUCUCAACUGUGCUCGUGCAGGCUGGAUACCAACAUUUGGUGACCUAACAUAUAAUUUAGCUGUGCAGUAUGGCUGGGUUUAUGGCUUGUCUCUUACAGAAAUGGAAAUUGUACAUGGCGCAUUUCGCAAGUGCAACCCUAAUGCUCUAUUCCUGAUCAGAGAUGAUGAGUUCACAGAAACCCUACCUAAUGAAAUCAAAGAUGCCUUUGUAGAUGACAAUACCCUGUGCACGGAAAAAAUGAAGAAACUUAAAGAAAUGCUAAAGGAACAUUUCCCUGCUGAGAACAUUGUUCACUACAAAGUUGAUUGUGACGCUAGCAGCGUAAAAAAGAGUGCACAGCUACAGGAUGAGAGGGAAGUGAAGCUGAAUGGAAUAAACGGCUCAGAAUCAGUCUUUUACAAAACAGUUUUUGAUUUCUUCAAAAGUCGUAUUGAACACCAGUAUCCUCUCGAUCCAACCCCAGAAGAUCCGCUUGAAGCUCAAAAGACAGCACAUGAGUCAUUUUUGGACACUCGAGGACAAGUGGUUCUUGGAAGAGACAAGAUUCUUGACGAGAUAGCGAACUACAUUGUGAACGACACUUCCAAUGCACCGUUGCUGCUUAUUGGUAAUGCAGGCUCAGGAAAGUCAGCCAUUAUGGCCAAGAGUGCCAGUGAUGCUUUAGCUAAGGCUGAAAGAGGAGAACUGCCUGGGGCCAAGGGAUCGCCGUGCAAAGUGUUCUUUCAUUUUGUUGGAGCCACACCUGGUUCCACUGAUCUGGCUUUCUUCUUGCAGAGGUUGUCAAGGGAGAUUAAUGUUUCCAAGCGAGAUGUAGUCAGUGACUUGGACUCUUUAGUUCAACUGACCAACAGUCUUUUGUCAAAUAAGAACACAAAGCCUUGUGUUGUGUUUGUGGAUGCUAUUAACCAGAUGGACGAUGAUAAGAUCCAGUAUUUAACCAGGUGGCUACCGGAAAACCUUUCACCGAAUGUUAAGGUGGUGCUGUCCAUGAUCAAUGACACAGAAUGUCACAGACUCCUGAGAUCCUAUAAGUCUGGACCGAGAGAGAUCACUUGUGGUCAGCUUGAUUACCAGUCUAGAAAGCUUAUCGUUGAGAACAUUCUAAGACUGUACAACAAACGGUUGGAUGACAGACAGAUGUCCAUGUUGUUGGAGAAGCAGGGUUCAGCAAAUCCUUUAUGGUUAACACUGGCGUGUGAGGAGCUCAGGGUGUACGGAGUGUUCAAUCUAAUGGACGAAAAGAUCGCAAGUUUGUCUGAUGAUCUGAUUAGUUUGGAAGAACAAGUUCUGACUCGGUUUGAAGAAGAAAACGGCGGUCAAGUUGUAGUAGCCACAGUAUGUCUAUUGGAGACGUCACGACACGGUCUGCUGGAAACAGAACUGCUCCAGAUGCUGGCGGAAGAAUCCACACUUACCCCACCCCCCUACGUCGAGGGUGAAUCAGAUCAGAUCACAACAACAGAAGCAACAACGACUGACUCAGCUCCAGAUCAUAAUCUAACAGUAGCAGACAAACUGGCCAAGCAGGUGGACGAGACAUACAUACAGAAAGACGAGGACAAAGAAGAAAAGGAAGAUGAAGCGAAAAAAGCUACUGGCCGGAAACAAAAGAACGAAAAGAAAUUUCUGCCGGCUGUCAAAUGGGCGUUGGUGUACCGAGCCUUGAAACCGCUGCUUCGACCGUGUGGAGACUUGGGCGAGGGAAGAUUGGAUUUCUAUCACAGAUCUAUCAGUAAAGCUGUAAGGAGAAAGUAUUUCUCAGGAUCAGAGGGAUAUACAAAACAUCAGUAUACUUUCUGGCAUGGAAAACACGCGGAGUUCUUCGAAGGAAGUGAAGAUUUUGAUCGCAAAUCAGAGGAACUACCUUAUCACCUUGAGCAGCUAUUGGACAACAACAGAUUAACAAGGUGCUUAUUAGAAUGGGAGGUAUUUGGACGGCUUUUUAACGAUGACUUCAGUAUAGACCUUCUCAGAUCGUGGCAAAAGGCUGGUGGAUAUGCUACAGCGUCCGCUCUAUAUAAGGAAUCGUUAGCGGUGUUACGUGACUCGAAUGCCCCUAAUGAAGAAAUAGCCAAGAGAAGUGAAAUGGUUGUCAUGUUCUUGAUCCAAGCAGGGCAAUAUGAAGACGCACACUUGCUGCUGAAUGAUUUGCUUAAACUAGAAGAGGAAAGUCUUGGCGCGCGAACCGACAAACUGGCUGACAUCUAUCAACUUAUGUCCAAGACCAAGAGUGAGGUUGUAAAGAACUUCAACUUCGUGACAAUGGAUCAACUGGAACAGGACAAGGAAAUCGUUGAAUUCUGUAAAAAGUCCCUGAGUUAUCGCAAAAAGCUUAGUGGUGAGGAACACGAGCACAAGACAGCCAUGAUUGACAUACUCAUUGCUCAUCAUCUGAGUAUCGUGGCCGACUUGGAGCCACAAAACUCUGAACAAACUCGAAGAGAUUGUUUCAAAUAUAUAGAUGAGGCCAUCGACAUCUUCAUGAGGCAUGGAGACAUGGGACACAUGGCAGAGGCGAUCAUGACCAAGUCAUUCAUUAAUCCACGUCAUCGAAAAUAUUUCAAGGAAAAAGAAGAGAUGCUUAACAGAUCCUUUGAGUUAUGUCUCAAAACUUACGGUGAGAAGCAUAUGUUGACACUGAGGCUUUAUCUAAACAUUGGCAUCCUAUACGAAGACAACAGAGAUUUUCAGAAGGCCUAUGAUUACUUCGUUAAGUGGCAUGAAACGUGUCAAGAGGUGCUGGGACCUUCACACCCCAAAACAGGGCGUGCCCGCGAUACUUUGAACGAAGCGACGUACGUUCGCAUCCGAGAACAGAGAGAACGACAGGCCGCUGGCACGGCUUAAGGGAUAACUAGUGUCAGUCACUCACUUAAUACAUUCACUACGUACCUAUAAUUUGAAAGCAGUACUAAGGCCACAUUUAAAAUAAGUGGUAGUUGAUUAGAGACUCAGACACGACUG